UCCCAUAUGUCUCACUGCGCUUUUAAGUGCGCGUGUGUGUGUGCGCGUGAGAGAGAAAGAGACUGCAGCAGCACUUCCGCUCUGGGAGACACGCGCGUCCACGGACACAAACCGACACAAAGAGAGAUCGGGAGCAUGUCGGAUGAGGACUCGCGCGCCAGCUCUAGUUCAUCCUCCUCAUCCUCCUCCACCCAUCAGCAGCAAGAUAAAGACACGCCUGGGAAAAAGAGAGACAAUAAAGUCAACAUGAGCAAGACCUCAAAGCUUCUGUCCACCAGCGCGAAGAGGAUUCAAAAAGAGUUGGCUGACAUCAUGUUGGACCCUCCUCCAAACUGCAGUGCCGGUCCAAAAGGAGACAACAUCUACGAAUGGAGGUCCACUAUUCUGGGUCCUCCAGGUUCAGUGUAUGAAGGAGGAGUGUUCUUCUUGGACAUCGCUUUCACACCAGACUACCCCUUUAAACCACCCAAGGUGACGUUUCGCACCAGAAUCUAUCACUGUAACAUCAACAGUCAGGGUGUGAUCUGUCUAGACAUCCUGAAGGACAACUGGAGUCCAGCGCUCACCAUCUCCAAAGUGCUCCUGUCUAUCUGCUCGCUGCUCACAGACUGUAACCCCGCUGAUCCUCUGGUAGGAAGCAUCGCCACGCAAUACACAACCAACAGACCAGAACACGACAGAAUAGCCAAACAGUGGACCAAACGUUACGCCACAUAAUUCACUCCAGCCGCGUGGCCUCCUGGUGGAUGUCUGGGGGAUGAGGGAGGGAGGGGGGUGGUGGGAUCCAGCUAUAUAGGGUAAAAAUACAGGGUGGAUUUUAUGAUGGAAUUAAAUUUUGUUUUCUUUAAGUACUUUUGUUGUUUUAAGUUGUCCCUUGGCUCAAGGUAGCAUCAUGGUUUGACCAAAAUGGAUCUUAUUGUGUGUUUUCUUUGUCUUCCUAUUGUAAAUUGAUCUUAGUUGUCAAAUGAAUUCACAGCAUGAGCCCUACAGUAAGAUUGUUUAACAUGUUUUCCCUACCAAUAUUAAAGUUAAGAUUGGUGUAAA